UGUGUUAAGAAAAAUGAUUCACACUGAGGGGGUCUGUCCUACGUAGUAAUUCCAGCAUUGCGCUAUAUAAAGCAGAUCCGAUCUGGUCGCCAGUCAUCGUUAAAAUCGAGAAGAGACCAGGCCAAAGGAAAAUCCAUCUAAAACCUCGAAGCCAUGGGUCUGCAGGAGGAAUUUGAGGAGUAUGCUGAAAAGGCGAAGACCUUGCCCGAUAACACGAGCAAUGAGAACAAGCUGAUCCUCUACGCACUUUACAAGCAGGCCACUGUCGGAAAUGUGAAUACCUCUCGUCCUGGCAUAUUACACCAGAGGGACAGGGCCAAGUGGGAUGCAUGGAAGGCUGUUGAAGGAAAACCCAAGGAAGAGGCAAUGAGCGACUACAUCACCAAGGUGAAGCAGCUCCAGGAGGAGGCUGCAAGCUCUUAAGUCUCUGAACUGUUGAAUGAAACAGCUGCUGUCAGAUGAGCUCCUAUGCCAUCUGAUGAUGAAAGCUAGAUCAUUUGAUCCACUGGGGAUGUGAAACAUGUACCUAUUUAUGUAUUGUUUACCUAAGUUUUCCAUCCAUAUCCAUCUAUCUAUCUGCGAAGACUUUAAUCUUCUAUUUUAUGAUAUCUGCCUGUGUGAUAUUGAGUUGCAUA